GCAGCGGCAGCAAGAGGUUGAUCCUGAGCUGCUGCUCGGCUUAUGAGGUGGCAGCAGCAGCAUUAGUACUGCUUCCACAUACUGUAUACACUAUACACACUACAUACUUGUGACUGAGCCCUGCCUCCAGCUCCUCCCCGCUCUCCUCUUCCCCUUCACAUGAAUCAGCUGCCGGAGAGGCCACCAAUCCGUCCACUUCACAACUACUCUGCCUUACCAGGCUGCCAGCACUUGGCAUGCAGACCCCUGGCAGGAGGAUGUUUACUAUGAUCAACUAGACUGGCCAAGGAGCUGUGUGGCAAUAGGAAGAGGCGCUUUGCAGCACAUCAGCAGGAUUCAGCGAGAGGGGAUCUAAGGAGAAGAGAGCAGUGCAGGAUCUGGCACACACAGUAAGGCACAAACCUUAGCUCUGAUGGGGGACUCGGGAACAAAGCGCUCUACGCUUGUGUCCAGACUGCCUAUAUUUCGACGCAACUUAAGUCGUAGAAAAGACUCCCUGCCUUCAUCGCCUUCUUCCAACAAUACUGGUGCACUGCCUAGUUCCUCACCAUCUAGUACCAAUUCCAGCUCAGGUAGUACUGGGAAACGACGAAGUAUUUUUCGCACUCCGUCCUUAAGUUUCCACCACAGAAAAGACAGCAGCAAUCAGAGAUUUGAAUCCAGUCAAGUUACAGACAUUUCCCCGACAACCCAAAAUGCUGUGAAGAACCUUGACUUGGACGAGCAGAGUAAAACGAAAGUGAGAAGCUGUACCAGCAUCCCUGGCUCGUGUAGAAAGAAGAUCACAAGAUCCAUUACCGAGGACUUUGAAAGAAGGAAGGACCACUCAGCUAAUAAGAAUCUGUUUACGAACUGUUUAGGUAAAAGUGAGGGAGAUGACUCAGGGUUUACAGAUGAUGAAGUCACCCGUUCCGUUAAACAUUCCUCAAGAAAGCUUCUCCCUAGGUCAUUUUCAUCCCAUUACAGGUUUUCCAAACAUGGAUCACAGUGCCAGAGGCCGUCAUCACUGCAGGCUUCAGGGCGUACAGAAGAAGUUCGGGUACAUCAAGAAACAGAUUCUUUACUUGCCAAGCCAGUGUUAUCUAAUGCCACAGAGAUAACAGAGCAUACAGAAAAAUCUGUACAAUCAACUCUUAUAUCAACAGAUCAUACGACUGCUCCACAGACACCAUCUGAUUUCACAUUUAUGGACGAUUCUGCCUCUGAAGCUGAUUCCCUGCCAAACAGUGUAAAUCAACAGUCUAUCAAGCAGCAUUUUUACCAUUCUGUCUCUACCUCACCAAAUGCUGCAAGUCCAAAUGAUGCUGCAACUCAAGUAAAUGAAGACAAAAAAAUGAUAGAUGACAAUUGCCAGCGUGAAAGUUUGUCCCUUACAAAACAGAAAGCUGGGAUAGCGGUCUAUAGAUCAGGGUCAAACUCUUCCCUUGUGUGCUCAAAACAACUGUUACCGAUCUGUGAACUGUCUACCAGUGAUGCAUCCGAUGUUCAAAAUGGUACUGGGGAACAACACAUAGACAUUCCAGUGUUUCAUAAUGGAGGGCAGCACUACUCCACAGAAUGCUUUCCAAAGAAAUCUGAGUCAGUAGCAUAUCAAUGUGAUCUGACUCCCACCAUGCCAAAUCAUCAUUCUGUGCCAGAGACAAAGGGCACAGAGACACAGACUUCUCUGAUGCAGCAUAGCCAUACUAGAGUUAACUAUGCCAGUAGUUUCAGCCCAUACCGAGAUGGGCGCUACGCAGAGAGGCGCUUGCGUUCAUCCUCAGAGGGCACAGCAGGAGGCAGCAGAAUUACUUUUAAACCAAAGGAAGGAAACACAGAAGAAUUUACUCAUUUCAGAAAACAGAGAACUAUAUCCACUUCUUCCAAAAUGAAUAGCAUGGAUGUGUUAAACAAUUUGGGGUCUUGUGAAUUGGAUGAAGAUGAUCUCAUGCUUGACCUGGAGUUUACAGAAGAGCAGCAGCUUCGGCGUGUAUGCCGAGAAGAUUCAUAUCAGUCCAUAGUGUCCUGCUCAGCAGUGGUGCUCUCUCAUGUGGAACAAGCAAGUGAAACAAAUAAACCUAAAGAAGAAGCAAAAACUGAAACUGCAAAAAGAAACCUUUUUUUACAUUUGGCAAAAGAGAAUGAUCAAGAAGAUGCUAAGUGCCCUCGUGUCUGCCAAAUGCCCAACAGCCCAUCUUUGGAAUGGCCCUUUGCACAGGAAGAUAGCACCAGCUUGGAGUCAUUGCCCUUUAGAUUGAUGAUGCAGGACUGUACAUCUGUAAAGACAUUACUGCUCAAAAUGAAGAGGAUACUGCAAGAGAGCACCGAGAUGAGCCCAGCUAGCAGCACUGCUUCACUUCCAAUUAGCCCCAUUGCUGAAAGAAGCCUUCCUUUUAAGGAUAUAAUGAAAGAUGAAUGUUCCAUGCUAAAGCUGCAGCUUAAGGAACGAGAUGAACUUAUCCACCAACUGCAAGAAGAGCUGAAAAUUGCUCGAACUUUACAGUCAUUACAUUUUUCCAAGCAAGAUAAAUGCACCCAGACAGAGUUUGCAAACCAUGAAGUAAGUAAUAAUGUCCAUAGGAACACAACAAGUACCGAAGGCUCAAUUUACAAAGCUAUAAGACCUGUUCAUUGUUUCCAGCAUUAUCAGUUUAAAACCAACAUCUGGACACAAGACGCUUUACACUAAUGUAUUCAAUUAAGUAUCAUUAAAAUGUAAUAAACUCUGGUUUCAAAACAAACUGUGCUGCUAAACUGCAGUUUUGCAUUAUCACAAAUGAAAAUACUCAUUUUUUUUACGUUGGUGUACAGAUAUAUUUUCAUUGCAGGGACUUUAAUAACAAAAUAAGUGGUUAUUAUCUCUCUUGGAGAUACAAUUUUAUAUAAUAAUUUAAAAUUCAGAGGGAUCAUGCACUUGGACCAGAAGACAGCACAUUGGUUUGAUGUUUUUUUUUUCUCUUGCAAAUGCACCGAAUAUUUUGUUUUAAUAAUUUACAAUUUACUAGCAAGACUGGGCUGUCUAAUCUGAUUUUCUUAAAUUAUUUUUUAAUACUGUAUGUUUCCUUUAAGUCUUUUUUCUGUAAUCUUAAAAAAAUAAUAACUGUACAAUGCAAUUGAUAAA